GAAAAGGCGUCCGUUGCCCAUUUAUUUUCAGGAGAUUUAUAGGAUUUGUGUAUUUUGUGCCGACUUUCUGGAUUCACUGCAGGAUUUGAAAUACUCCCACAGCCAUGAAAUUUGGACGCAAUUUGCCCAGGAACGUGGUGCCGGAAUGGAGCUCCUCUUACAUCCGGUAUAAGGCGUUGAAGAAACUCAUCAAAUCCCUGGCGGACCGUGUGAGGGCAGGUCACGAGGCAGAUCUUGCCGGCUUCUUCUACUCCCUCGACCGGAAUCUCGAGGACGUUGACCACUUUUACAACAAGAAGUAUGCCGAUUUCUCUCGUCGUCUGAAACUUCUAUCGGACCGCUACGCACAUAACUUGGAUGGGAGUCAUCUGGAUUCGGACGAUGUGGAGGAUCUCCUAGCCGCAUUGCUCGAGCUGCGCGGACAAUUUCGCAAGCUGCAAUGGUAUGGCGAAGUCAACCGUCGUGGGUUCAACAAGAUUACCAAGAAGCUGGAUAAGAAGGUGGGAGCGCAGGCGCAGCAGAAAUACCUUGAAACAAAGGUGGAGCCUCUGCCAUUUGCCUCGAACACGCGGGUUACGGAAGCAUUGAAGAAAAUCAAUGACUGGUUAUCCGCCCUUGGUGACCAGAAGACUUUUGAUGAUGCCAGUUCAACACACUCUUCACUUUCCCUCAAAAGGGGCCCCUCCCGUCCCAACCUGAACCUGCCGGCAAACACUCUUCUUACCAUUGACGACGCGUUGCGCAAGGACGAUACUCAUGUUGUUCUGGAGCUGCUAGAAGAUUUGAAGACGGUUGCGGACGAAGCGGGUGAGAACGUCUUUCCAAAGGUCCUUCGAAGCCUUCUUCAGCGGGCCAUUCAUUAUCGCUCCAAAGCAUGCAUUUCGGCCGUUAUUGGCCGUUCUGGCUCCCUUGAGGAAGAAGACGAUAUUAAUAAACGCAACUGUAUCCAUCGUUUAGUGAUUGCGAUUGGUCGCGCCCAGACCACCACUGACUCUGAGCAGUCGGCGUCAAUGGUCUUGGAUUUCCCCAUGGAUACCCCAAACUACAUUACUCCUGCCGCCCUUCCGACACUUCAGCCCCCUCGUUCAUUUGCGAAGGAGUCGGAUCAUGUGCAGCACUUGACUCGGUCUGACCCUGCGGUCUCGGUUCUGGAGUAUUUGCUAGACCACCUGCGACCAGACCAACGCGAGUCUCUGCUUUCGAAGGAUAUUUCUGGUCGCACGCCAUUGCACUAUGCUGCGCAGUAUGGUUUCAGGGUUGUCUGUGAAGUAAUCAUUGAACACCUGCAAGCCUGGAAUAUGUUCGAUGUCAGCGAGGGAAUUGAUGGGCCGCGCUGGCAGGACAACGACGGUUGGGCGCCGCUUCAUCUCAGCGUUGUUGGUGGUCACCCUCUGACUACCCAGGCCCUACUCAAAGCCGAGAACUGGAAAGGGCAGAUCCAAGACAAAGCGGAGAUUCGAAAGCACGUUUCGAGGUCAAGUGCAGUACUCGCACUGGCCGUCAAGGCUAAUUUCAUAGAUAUUGUUCAGCUACUUGUUGACGCUAAGGUUGAUAUCAACUAUCAGGACCAACAAGGUGAAACCGCGUUGCACGUUGCGGCUCGCUUUGACCAUGAAAAGUGCGCCCGCAUUCUGCUCAAGGGUAACGAUGUUCAGAAAGCAGACACCGAACUUGCUGAAAGCACUUACUCUUGGACCCCGCUUUUCAUCGCCUGCGUUGAUGGCUCAUUAAGUGUUGUCGAGGCCCUAAUUGAAGCUGGUGCCGACCUUGAAAGGUUGGAUUCAUCUGGCUGGACUGCAAAGGAACACGCGGCCCUGCGUGGACAUCUUGACGUGGCCAGAUGUCUUGCGAAGGUGACUCCUGAACCUGAGCUUUCCGAAGAACCUGCUUUGACUGUUCCCACUGCCUCUGGUUCUACUACUUCGGGUCCCUUGUCGUCACAGCCUCAAUCAUCGCUGAUGGAGAAAAAAUCGAACGGAGGGAGCGCUGCAGGGAGUUCUCCCUCCCGGAAUCCUGAACCUGUUAAGUCAUUUGGACAUCGGUAUCUCACCGACGAGGCCAUGAUCCUAGUCAGUUUGGGCACCAUGGACACUCGAAAGCACGUCCACGCCGUGAACCUUGACCGUAUUCCUAUGGAGAACGCUCACGCUACUCAGCUGGACACUGCUCUGUCUAUCGUCGUCUCUGCGAAUGGGGCGCACGGAGAACCCGAAAUCAUCGAUCUUCCUGUGCAAGAGAACAUCUCAACUGAACCAAUUGUAUUCCAUGCAGCAGACCCAACUAAGGUUAGGCUGCUAUUCGACCUUGUUCCUACGUACUCAGGCUCGAAGGACCAAAUAGUGGGGCGAGGUGUUGCCUUGCUGUCCAGCGUGAGGCCGAGUGUGGGAUCGCACCGUACUAACCUUCAAGGCGACUCUACUGUACCUAUCGUUGCUGCUAAUACCUUGGAAGUGAUCGGUUCCAUUACAUUCAACUUCCUGGUCAUUACACCUUUCAAGCACCCGAACAUGUCCAUCAACAGGGAGCAGACCUACUGGAGGAGUAUGUCGUCAACAAUGGUCAUCGGACAUCGCGGCUUGGGCAAGAAUUUUGCUACUCGAAAUUCAUUGCAACUUGGCGAGAAUACCAUACAGUCCUUCAUCGCAGCUGCGAACCUGGGCGCUUCAUACGUUGAAUUUGAUAUUCAGCUCACAAAGGAUCACGUUCCAGUCAUUUACCAUGAUUUCCUCGUCAGCGAAACAGGUAUUGACGCUCCUGUUCACACCUUGACGCUCGAACAGUUCCUCCAACUCGGCGAGCGAGGCACGACUCGAACACCUGGGUCUCCUGGCCAGAUUGCCAUCGGAGGUACUGAACGAAGCAAGACCCCUCCCUUGCCUCCUCGCCAUAGAUCAAUGUCUGUGGGCGGUACAGAGAGCGAUAUUUCUGAACUCAACGAAAGAAUUAAGCAUACCCGCGAUUUCAAGAAAAAGGGGUUCAAAGGAAAUAGCAGAGGCAAUCAUAUUCAAGCCCCUUUUGCUACUCUGGAAGAGCUGUUCAAGAAACUGCCUCAGAACGUUGGGUUCAACAUGGAGUUGAAAUAUCCCAUGCUCUACGAGAGUGAAGAGGAGGAGAUGGAUACAUAUGCUGUUGAGCUGAAUUCCUUCGUCGACACUGUCCUCGAGAAGGUAUAUACGUUGGGCCAGGGCCGGAACAUGAUCUUCUCGAGCUUCAACCCUGAUAUUUGCUUGCUUUUGUCCUUCAAGCAGCCGUCAAUUCCCGUCCUUUUCCUGACAGAUUCCGGAUCCAGCCCUAUUGGAGAUAUCCGAGCUAGCAGUUUACAAGAGGCGAUCCGUUUCGCCUCUCGAUGGAAUUUGCUCGGCGUGGUGACGCAGGCAGAAUGCCUUGUGCUCUGCCCGCGUCUCAUCCGCGUUGUUAAAGAGUCCGGUCUCGUCUGCGUAUCCUAUGGCACAUCCAACAACGAUCCUCACAAGGUCAAGCUCCAAGCCGCCGAAGGAAUCGAUGCGGUAAUCGUCGACUCUGUCUUAGCCAUCCGGAAAGGUCUCACCGAGCAUGAAGGCAAAAACAGUUUCACACCAGGACCUACUCCACACGCUAGUCCACUUAGCCAACCGACUAUCAAUGCCGCUCUCAAGGAUGCUCACAGGAUUCCGGUUCUGAAUAAUAAUACAGAGGUAAAAGACAACUAUCUCCAAGUCAAGUCUGACGCUGCUUCGCUCUGAAAGAAGUUCUGCGUUAAUCUUCAAAGCGUCGCGUGUUCAGUGUGUUCAGUUGAAAUUUAGAUAUACAUCGUGUCACCAUGAUCUGUUUAGAUACAUCAUCAUUCAUAUCCUAUAUUAAUCUCAGCGAGUAUUUAGUU